CACCAACUACUAAUCAUGGGCAGAGCGAAAUAUCUUGCGCAGCAAAUCGCUGCCCUGGAUGAGCCCAUAUCUCAAGACUUCGAUCCUGAAGAAGAUGCCCCGGUUCAGAGGACCGACGAAGAGAGCGGUUCUGAGGAGAGCGACGACGGGUUAGCUGGUACUGAGCAUUACGCGGCAGUUGGGAAGAGCAAGCUUCGGAAAUCAGACGAAAUCAAUCUUGGACCUGAAUACUCUGGAUCCAGAGUCAGUCGCCAAGCUCUACUCGACGAUAAUGACGAAGAGGAGGCUGAAGGGAAUCCUGAGUCGGGAUCUGAUUCAGCUUCAGAAGGUAUUGAGGAGGCUGAUGGCAUCGAAUUUGCGGAUCCCGAAGCUAUCGAUGUAGACAUGGAUGAUGAAGAUGGAGACAUUGACAGUGACAAUGCUUUUGGAGAAAGCGAUGAAGAAAAAUUCCAGCGCUUCGCAUUUCGAGGAAGCAGCAAACCAAAGUUGGCCAAUGGCGCAAGGCAACGGGCUACUGCGGCGGAUUUUAUGUCAGACAGCGAAGACGAGGAAGUCCCUAUCAAUGAGAGCGGAUCCGAGAGUGCUGAGACUGAUGUGAACAUAUUGAAUGUCGCAGACCAGCAUCCGGAUGACAGGGAAGAUGACGAAGAGGAUGUUUCUGGUGACGACAGCGCAGAAGACAUUGAGAAUCUACUCGGAGACCAGUCUGAACAUAGCGAUGAGGAGGAGAUUGGAGAUGAGUCUGUAAGCGGCAGUGAAGAUGAGAAUGAUGAGAAAGCGAGGCGUGCUGAGCUUCGACAAAUAAUGGGCGAAGAACAGAAGACUGUCCUAGCUACGAUAUCUCAAGCCGCGAAAGUGGACGCAGACAAAGGCAAUGCUGUGAAGAAGCAGAGGAAAGCUUUUGACUCGCUCCUAAGUGUUCGAAUGGUGUUGCAGAAGGCUCUGAUUGCAACAAACUCUAUGGCUGCCGUGGAAGAAAGAGAAGCUGGCGAGACCACAAACCAACCAUAUGAAGCUGCAGAAGAGGCAGCGAUCAAGUUAUGGAACACUCUCGAUGAUCUUCGGCACGAGCUGUUAAAGGCAAGCUCUGGCGCCAAACCAGGUCAAAAGCGGAAGAGACGUGUCGAUAUAUCGACACCGUCAAUUACACUCUGGGAACGCAUGCAGAAUUCUGAAGUAGCUGUUAUUGAUAAUCGACAAACGACUCUGGAGAAAUGGUCAGCCAAAGUCUGGGGCAGCGCAGCAUUGCCAACAUCUCGAAAGCUCAAUCCUAUCGCAGCUCAGCAGUCGAUAACUUCUCUGAUUCAAGAUCAGCUCGCAAAUUCUGAGCACUUAGUGAAGCGAACGAAGAUGCCAAGAUCAUGUGCACCUCUUCAAAGAGAUCAAAAAGCCACUGAAGACCCAGAUAUCUAUGAUGACGGCAAUUUCUAUCAAAUGCUCCUGAAGGAACUUGUCGAUCAGCGAAGAGUCGAGUCAUUAAAUGCUCCGAUGAUUGGAAGGGAUGAGGGGAACUCAAUUCAGUGGACCGCAGUGAAAGAGGCAAAAACAAGAAAGAACGUCGAUACCAAGGCUAGCAAAGGUCGUAAGAUGCGAUUUACAGUUCAUGAGAAGCUGCAGAAUUUCAUGGCCCCCGAAGAUAAAGGAAGUUGGGAGCCAGAUGCCAUUGACCGCUUCUUUGGAACUUUGCUAGGCCAAAAAAUGACACUGGGUGAAGAGGAAGCUAGUGAUGAUGGCCAAGCGGAGAAUGGCGUUUCUCCUGAGGAGGAGAGUUUGAUGCUUUUCAGGUCUUAAGAAAGGCUCAAUAAAGAAGAUCCUUGAUAUGAGUUACCUUCGUGGCUUCUUCAAUGCCUGGAUAUUUGUUGCACGCAACAAUAUCCAGUUUUACCAUGUCGUAUCCCCUCUCGCAGCACCAUAGCUGGUAUUACGAAACCUGGACUCUGCCUUCAAAUUUGACAGCCUUGAAGCUCAACUACAUGUUUCGACUUUGCACAUGCAAUUAUGCUCAGUUUUGCAACACAAUUGAAACUCGAAAUCCCUUAAUUUCCAGAACCAAACGUCCCAUCAAAUGUUUCUUAACUCGUCCCAAACUUCAGCCCGAUCCUUCUCCAGGUCAUGUUUGAAAGUCCAGUAUGAUUCGGCAUGUAGCUUCCCAAAAGAUGUUGGUGCUGAUGGUCCGUGUGAGCGAAGCCGUUCCCUCGGGGUUUUGUUACACGGACCGUUUCGGGAUGGGAAACUCCUUGAGGAUCGCAUUGGGUCCCAAUUUUUAGACGUACGAAUCGGCAUGGC